GGGCCGGGAGAGGUAGAGGUACGAAAGCGAAGAGGGGCGCCCGCCCCGCCCCGGAGAAGGGCCCCGCCGGCGCUCAGGGCUCUGCCAUCGGCGGUCGCCGGCGGCUCCCUUCGCACAGGGGCCCGGCUCGCUUAAUCUUCAAGGGCGCGCUUCCUCCUCCUCCUCCUCCUCCUCCUCCCUCCUGUGCAUCCCAGUCAGCAUGUCAGCGUGGCGCCAACUCAGAAAAGGGGUAACUUCAGUAACCAGGUUAAAUGAUGGGGGAAUAGACGGGGGAGCCCCUGAGGCCGCGUCCCUACGUAUUCCUUUGCAUGCCGUGGCGCCCUUCUCACGUGCAUGGCUGUAGAGCAGCGUCUGCCCACCUCGGCAGCUUCGAGACGUGCGGACUUCAACUCCCAGAAUUCCCCGGCCAGCCAAAGGUUGACAGAGACUGCUCCGGACUCUCUUCCCUACAGGCUCAGAUUACUGGUUAAGUUUUCUGUAUGUCUCCAUGCAAGUCUCAGCAGCAAAAGCGGGCCUGCGUUCCUGCCUCUGAGUCCGUCCUAGGAGAAGGACCACUGGCCUACUCUGCAGGGUCGUCGUGCUCGUUUCUUCCAAUCACGGCCUUUAGCAACUCUCGCAAUCCCUCUGCAAUAUGGAAUGUGUAGUAUCGGUCACUGUGUAUUUCUGCUAGCAAAACCACACUUUCCCCAUCUCUUCUGUACUCGCCCAAAGCACAAGAGCCUUUCUCCUGGUCUUUAGGGUUGGGGGAGGAAGCAGGAGGUGAUUUUUCUGUUUUUUCCCUUUCCACGUUCGUACCACUUGGGCUGAAGCGUUCUGCAGAAUCCGAAAGCUUGCGCAUCCUUCUCGGUCAUGCCAAUUGGCCUUAAGUUAGGGUGCAAUUGCCAUUAGGUAAAUACAGAAAAUACACUGCAAGUACCCACAGAGUUUCUGUGGAACUCCGAAGAAACAGCUCGACCUUCCAAACGACCGAAUUCUUUGCGGCAGGCAAGAGCCUUACGACGCCCGGGCAAAGCAAAGGUCUAGUGCGCCUGCGCAGACUUAGCCUCCAACAAAGCCGGGAACUGAUUAAACCAUAGAGGAAGAACAAAAUGAAAGCAGCCACCAAGGGAUCACUUCCGAAUUCGAUUCGACAUUGGCAUUCGCAAAACCUCCAUCAUGGCACGGAGCACCCGAAAAACAAACCGAUUUCUACUCUUUUUCCUCCCGAAGCGCCACGCAUCUGGACUGUCAAAAUCCUCUUUUUGUGCACCGGGCGCUUGGGGGAGCGUUAGGCGUUCCCACCUCCGCAAGUUCAUUGGAGAACCGGAAGUGACUUCGCAAACGAGCCUUCCAACCUCUUGGGUGAAUUCAUUCCCAUUUGCCCGGAGCGUCAAGGGGCGGGGACUCUCGGAGCGCCACGUGAGGAGGCGGGACUCGUUGCCGCAGAAACGGAGGGGCGGAGUCGUCAACAACUCCACAGCCCGGUCGUUGGGGCGCCGCGGCAAAAUGUCUGCUGGUGGUAAGAAGAUGAGUAAAGCUGAACGGCUGAGGCUGCUCAGGGAAGAGGAGGAACAGCGACAGAUCGAGGAAGAGCAAGCCCGGUUACGUGCUGAGCUGGAGGAAGCUGUGAGGGCUGAAAAAGAGCGUAUUGAAAGGGAGAAGACAGAACUGCUGGAGGCCAGGGAUCAAGAACGCCGAGGUGUGGAGUUAUCUGAACUUCAUGAGUUAGAAGAUAAUUUUUUCCUCGCGAGCCAGUGGAAGUUGAAAAGUAGAGCCCUUGCUAAGUGGGAACAUUAUACAGGCUGUGAUGGCAGUCCAGACCCAACAAUUCCCCAGGAAAUCAAUACUUAUAUGAGCUUGUGGCUAGAAGACACAAAUAAUGAUAUUACGACUGUGAUUGAGAAAGGCAGCCAGGUGCUGGAACUUAUUGCAAAAUUAGAAACGAACAUAUUGGAGACCUCGUUUGGUGAGCUCUCUUCAUUUCAUGUAGCUCAGUACCAAGAGACCAUUUUUCAACUGCAGAAUUUACUUCAUCACAAAUACAACCAGGCAACAGAACAGCUGCUGAAGCAAGCCAGUAGCUAUGCGGAAUCUGAAAGCGGCAACAUGGAGGUGGUCAUAAAAGAAAAGGACAUCACGCUGUGCAUUUGGGCCAAUCUCAAGAAAAAUCCAAGAUUCCGGAGCCAGACAUUUUACGACGAGAAGCAGCAGCCCUGCAACGGCUUCGAACUUCCCAAGCCACUGACUGUCUGCGAUGUGGCUGUGCGCAUCUUGCACACCCAUUACGACCAUUUGUCCCCUUUUCAAACUUUCUCCAAAGAACCACCAAAGCUGGACCUCCCAGACGUGGUGGCCUCGGUUCUGCUCAGUGAGGACAAGAAAGAACAAGACGAAGAGCAGCAGGACAUCCUGAAAGUCAUCUCUGACAGCAAACAAGAGAUCAAAACAGAACAGUCCUUAGCCAGAUUGGUAAGGCCGAACAGAUGCUUCCAGCAUCUCCCAGUGUUGGCCCUUCGAGGUAGUCCAGGCAAGAAGCACCACAAUGAACACUCCUUCAGUGAGAUCUUCAGUUAUCCAGAAGACAGAAGAAGCAGCUCGCAGGAGUCUGAAAGUAGAGAAAAUUAUUAUAACAAGAGCUCCGUUCUCUUUCAGUCCACCUCCAGAGCUCACGUUUCAGCCCUGCGGCUCUUUGAUAUCAGUGAAUUGGAGGUCCUUGAAGAUUACGCAGUGGAUUUGCACCAGUUCAUGCCACUGGGUGGUGUCUACCAUUGCGACGUCCUGAAGCUUCCCCCUCAAGCUAAGCAAGUCAAAGGAUGGACCAUGGUGGAAGUACUGGACACAGGGCUACAGACUUACCCCUACACUGCAAUAUGCGAAGAAGCUGAAGACAACUUGACCAUGACUGUGGGGAUCACAAUCCAUCUUUCUGAUUCUGUGAUUUAUUUUGAAGAACCACUGAUAGCAAGAUGGGAUUCUCAAGAGAGAUCCUGGAGAACCGAUGACAUUGGGGAGGUAGUAUACAACAUGAGAGAGAGGGAGAUCUCCUUCAGGACGAACGGAUUCUUUACCAUCACGCUGCUUCAGGACGCUCACCUCAAUAUGCCUUACCAGUCCUGGGAACUCCAGCCCAUGGGCUGCGAUCAGGCUAUCUUUACCAUCCUCUCAACCUUCGUUGAGGUGCAAAUCCGCAUCAAGGACAAUCAGUGUAUGCUGUACUCGGUCACUAGCAUAGAGGACACUGAGCUGCUUUUGGACCUGAGAGAAAAAUGGAUGACCCCAAUGGCCCUCGUGGUGGCACUGAAGCGGGCUGGCAUGAACCUCUUCCCCUCUGAAUACUCCACAAACUACGUCAGCGUGAACAAGAAGAAACUGCUGGCAGAAAUCAUGGUUUACCAGCAAAUGUCCCUUGUUGCAACCUCUUUUGCCUUUGGCUGGAGCAAGUGGAACCUGAAGAGCGGAGAGGAUAAUGUGGUCUUCAAGGCGUGUGAACAUCUGGCAGGGGAAGAACUAGUUCCAGACGAAGCGUGGGCCCUUUACAUGUUCAGUGGGCAAAGAGCGCAGAAGCUGGAGAUCAAAGAGGACAGUGACACCUUCUCCAAGAACAUUGCGGAAGGCUCCGAAUUCCACUCUACUCUCUACCACCUCAUUCAAGAUGCUGGGAGCAACGCUGCGAUGGACCGAGUCAGACAGAGCAACUGCCUUUUCAUCGAUGCUGUCUACCAGCUACUCCUCACCACAAGGGUGCUGACAUACUCCUAAUGCGCCAAAAGCUGCUUAAGAACUUUAUUGAGUUCGAAGACACUCCCGUCAAUAAAAAUAAUAGGUGGAAGAGACCACAUUCCAGACAUCAUUUUUUUAAAAAGAAAAAUAAA